AUGUCCAGCAUGCCUUCCGCCGGCGGCGACAGGAUGCGGACGCGAAGCCAGGCUCAGGGUCCAGAUAAACGAAGCGCCGACGAGCUUGAAGCGGCACCUCCCAACUCAAGCAAGAGGCUCAGGGCUUAUCACGGAUAUCGUCAAGUGCUGCAGCCGAUCGGUAUCAAGGAAGAGACCAAAGACGACAUUCGUGUCAAAUCAGAGUCGGCCUCGCCAGUUCCUUUGUUCUCUCGCAACAACCAAGUUUUGACCCGCCGAGAUUCCAACGUCUGGGACGAUGGCAUGCAUCUACCACCCUCUCCACCAUAUCCCGCCACCACCAAUCAGUCACCAUCUCCAGGCGGACGGAUGGCUUCACGGCUUACAGCCAAGCUUCGCAGUCGCAGAGCUCGGACUGAUAUAGGCAUCGUUCCAAAGAUCGAGAGUGGCACUGCAGCAGGACAAGAGAACGGAAUCAUCGUGCCAGAGGUUCCCAGUGACCAGAGUUCCGCGCAGGCACCCACCCUUGCUUUGCUGCGCCAGGAGGAGCGGAAGCGGAAGGAGAAUCUCCGACUUUUGCGACAAGAAAUUGCUAGACACUAUCCAUUUACAGGCCCCUUGAAUCAUGGCGAUGUCUCGGAGUCUGAGGCUGAAAGUGAGCGUGGCAAUUCCUCUGGCGACGCCGAUGCAGGAUCCGACAGCAACAGAACCACGUCCAGCAGAGAGGAUUCGUCGGAUGACGAGGACAGCGAGGAUGUCGAUGACGAUGGCAAAGAUUCCUCGUCUGACAGUGACGAAAAUGAGAACAUUCCUUUGAUUCACGUGCGCCGUCGCCUUGUACGAACUACAUUUAUGGUGUCAUCUCCGGUUCCCAAGAAGGAAGAUGGGGAUACGACCGAGAGCGAAGUUGAGGAUGAGAAUGAUACUUUUCCACUUGCACGCAAUCAUGCAGACCGUGUGAUGAUCAAAACUUCCUCGUCGUCGUCAUCGAUGGCCUCCUCUUCUGCAGCAUGUUCCACCUGCGGCGACCGUGAAGGCUCCGAGGACGACGACCCGGACAGCUACGCCAGCGACACGCCCACUGACAUCGAGUCCAACAUUGCAAUCUACAACGACGAGGACGCCCACACCCGCCUCAACCAGAUGCUGCGACAAGCCCCCGUCCCGUGCCCCACAGGCGUCCACCACAUCGCCGUCGACCAGUCCGUCCAGCACGGAAUGCGGCUGCGGUCUCCCGCCCAAAUCAUGCAGCGGCGGCGGCAGGACGACGACGACAGUGCUGCCCACAGCGGCCGCCUGCAAUCGUCGUCGCCCCCGCGCGCCGACUACGACGAGUACCGCCUCCGCGCCCGCUACCUGGAGCAGUUCAAGGACAUGACGGCGGCGCAGCUCGACGAGGCCGGCCGCGACUUGGACUACCGGGCGCGCAAGCUCAACUCGAAGCGGAGCGCGUACGAGCUGGCGCUGCACGAGCGGGCUUUUCCGCGCUACUAG